AUAGAUAUACUUUUGCUAAACAUAAUAAGUUCAGGUCUAUUUGAUUUUGAUCUAUUAUGUUGAUAAAGUUAUUUGUAAGCCUUGCAAUCUACAUAGGGCUGCUUAUAACUAUUCUCUCAUCAAUUGAACCAUCAUCAAGUAGUGAUGCAAAUUCUGCAGUUCUUGACACACAAGGUAACAAAGUUCAAAGUGGUGUUGAGUACUAUGUUAGGCCUGCAAUCACAGAUGAUGUUGGUGGCUAUGUCACAUUGAUUGAUAGAGUUUGUAAUAAUGGUUCAUGCCCUUUGUGUAUUGGCCAACAAAAUGUUGUCGGGGCCUCAAGAUUUUCUAUAAAGUUUACACCUUUCAUUGAAGGGGAGAGUGUGGUUAGAGAAAACAGAGUUUUCAAGGCGUUGACUUUAUGUGUUCAGUCAACGGAAUGGAAGGUUGGGGAUCAAGAGAGUGUGAAGAGGUUGAUUGUGGCAUGUGAUGGUGGUGAUGAUCAAGGAUUAUUAAAGGGUUUCUUCAGAAUUGAAAAGGGUAAUUUGGGUAUUUACUAUUUUGUAUGGUGUCCAUUAGAAGUGUGUCCUAAUUGUAGGUUGAAUUGUUCAUAUGUUGGUUAUUUGAUUGAUGAGAAUGGAAAUAGGUUCUUGGCUUUGGGUGCUAAUAGCACUCUUCCUCUGAUCUUUGAGAAGGUUAAUGAUGUAUCUAGCUAGGUGUUUAUGUGCUUUUGAUUUGAUUGAUUUGUAAUUUCAGCAAAGAAAUGUGAAAUAAUAAUGAGAGAUUAUGAAUCUCAUC